AAACUGCUCGAGCAGAAGUUCAGUUUACCAAAAUGAAACGGUUCAGCUUUCUAGUGUACUUGUCUUGCGUGGCACUCGUCGUCGCUGCUCCACAGGGCUACAAAUAUCAGCAAAAUACGCCGCUUCUGCCAGUUGGCAAUCUGCGUCCGCAGACGCCGAUUUCUACUAGUGGAAUAUACAGUGUGUCCGGCCAGCAGUCCCUCUCGCAGCCCAUCUCACCUGUGAUUAAUAAUGUGAUUCAGGCCCCGCAGCCGCUAUCCCAGCCGCUGCCCCAGCAGCCGCAGCCUCAGCAGCAGCAGCAACAGCAGUUUGUGCAGAACUAUCAACAGCAACAGGUCCUGAAUCUGCCACAGCCACAGAUUGUGUCUCAGCCACAGCAGCAGUUAGUGCAGUCGCAGUACGUACAGCGCCCCUCGAUCGUGACGAAAGACAUUUACAUUCACUCAGCUCCCGAUGACACUGAGGAGCUGCAGUCGUCACCGCAAUUGGAUAACACGCCCAUUCGCAAGAACUAUCGCAUUGUGUUCAUCAAGGCACCCACACAGAAUCUGAAGCACACGGCUGCAGUUUUAAAACGUGCCCAGGCCAGCAACGAGGAGAAGACCGUCAUUUAUGUACUGUCCAAGAAGCCCGAUAUCAAUGAGAUCCAUCAGCAUCUGCAGCUGGCCCAGACCGAGCCCAAGGUACACAAACCAGAGGUUUACUUCAUCAAGUACAAGACCUCUGAGGAGGCCCAGCGCGCCCAACAAGAAAUUCAAGCGCAGUACGAUGCUUUGGGCGGUGCCACACACAUUUCCGAUGAGGGAGUGGCUCCCAUCACUAGCUUCUCGGGCACUGGCUCCCUCAACCUGGGCAACAUUGUCCCCCAGUCUAUCCAGCAGCAGCACCACCAACUUCAUCCUCCGCAGACUCAGACAGUUGUCCAAAAUGGUCAGGGAAUCCUAAGCCAAAGCAUCCAGCAGCCGAACUCAUUUGUGCCAUCGAUCGGUGGGGGUAAUAUUGGCAUCCAGGGCGGUCUACAGACCUCUUCGGUGUCAACGAGCACCAGCUUUGGCGUCAACGUGCCAUCCAAGCGCUACAUCCCAGCCAAAACUAAAUAA